CGCCAAUCAUUUUGCACUAUGGGUGAAUUGUUAUUCUUUCCCACUUUUGAUGGAACAUUUUGUUGCAACUGGCCGUUUCCAGUCAACCCUGACCCCGAUCGUUCGCCAACGGAACGGAUUCCCCUAGCAUUCAUCAAAAUUCGAGGAAAUUCGCUACACCGCUUAGCAUCCGAUGGAACGGCUAGUGAAAAAUUCAAGAAGAACCAAUUAGACAGAUGGAUCAUUAAUUUUGGCUGCCCAUUCUUGCGAGGAAUCAGCCAACACCGAACGCGAUCGUUUGCCAGUGCGACACAUUUUAGCAGAAUUCGAGAAAAAUGGAAUCUUCUAUUCCUCUGCUGUACAGCAGACGGAAUUUCCGAUAUAGGAUCCCAGUAGGAAAGAAUCUUGCAAGCCAAACAACCUGAUUGUCCUGCCCAGUUACCCAGG